AUGGCAUCUUCCGGUGUCGAAUACUCGACAGCCUCACCGCCCAGCUACGUGGCUGGGAAUGAUGUCACAGAUCCUGAGAAAAUCACCCUCGGUCGCCGGGGCAGCCAUAUCGAGUCCCUCACCACGGUUAACGACAGCGACGGCACUCAUCGGAAACUGAAGCCCCGCCACAUCCAAUUGAUAGGUAUUGGUGGAACCAUUGGCACUGCUCUCUAUGUCCAAAUUGGAAAAGGUCUUCUGCAGGGCGGACCGGGAAGCCUCUUUAUCGCCUUCUCGCUAUGGUGUGCGGUAAUUCUUGCCAUAACAAUGUCUAUGGCCGAGAUGGUCACAUAUCUGCCCAUCUCCUCACCAUUUGCUAACAACAUGGCAAUUCGUUUCGCUGGUCGCUAUGUGGAUGAGGCCUUUGGCUUCGCUGCCGGUUGGAACUUUUUCAUCUUCGAGGCUGCGCUCGUGCCAUUCGAGGUAACAGCAUGCAAUGUGGUUAUUCACUACUGGAGUGAUAUUGUACCUGCCGGUGGAAUUAUCGCGAUUGUCCUGGUGCUGUAUGCACUAAUCAAUCUCCUGGCUGUGAAAUGGUAUGGCGAGACUGAGUUCUGGGCGGCCCUCGGCAAGGUCUUACUUAUCGUCGGGUUAAUCAUAUUCACUUUUAUUGUCAUGGUAGGCGGUAAUCCUCUUCACGACCGGUUUGGCUUUCGGUAUUGGUACGAGCCCGGGUCGUUCGCUGAGUAUUACACGACCGGUUCUCUUGGAAAAUUUAUGGGUUUCAUGCAAUGCUUGAUCCAAGCUUCUUUCACGAUUGCCGGUCCUGACUACGUCUCAAUGGCUGCUGGCGAAGCAGAGAAUCCUCGUGUGGUCAUGCCCAAAGCUUUUAAUGCCGUAUUUUAUCGGUUAACCACAUUUUUCAUGCUCGGCUCCUUGUGUGUAGGGAUCCUAGUUCCGUACGACGACGCUGAAUUGACGCAUGCCUUCGCUAAUUCCGAGCCGGGCGCAGCAGCUUCACCGUAUGUCGUCGCGAUGAACCGACUCGGAAUCCCAAUAUUACCACACAUCAUCAAUGCUAUGGUAUUGACAGCCGCCUUUUCUGCCGGCAAUAGCUAUGUAUACUGCGCAUCCCGAUCGCUCUACGGACUAGCUCUCGAGGGCAAAGCACCGAGAUUCUUAACGAAGUGCACAGGAAGAGGCGUUCCCGUCUAUUGCGUAUUACUUGUCUUGAUCAUUGCGCUACUUGCAUUCCUUCAAGUGAGCGAGAACGCUGCUGUCGUCCUUAGUUGGUUCGUCAGCCUCGUAACCGCGUCGCAACUGAUCAAUUUCAGUGUCAUGUGCGUUACGUACAUCUGCUUUCAUCGAGCGCUGAAGGUACAGGGAAUUAGCAGAGAUUCUCUACCAUACAAGGGUCUCUUACAGCCGUAUGCCGCCUAUUUCGGGUUGUUCGCGACAUUUAUUAUGACGUUUAUAGGCGGCUAUACGGUUUUCUUGCCGGGGAAGUGGGAUGUGCCGACAUUCCUAUUCUCUUACACGAUGAUUGGUGUGUGCCCGCUCCUUUUCAUUGGCUGGAAGGUAGUCCACAAGACGAGAUUUCAUAGACCCUAUGAAGUCGAUUUGCGCAGAGAUGUUGCUGCUGUCGAAGACUACACAAACAAAUUCAUCCCGUCACCACCGAGCAAUGUCUUUUCCAAGUGGUUUAACUGGUUAUUUGGUUAAGAGGCAGCCUCAAAUGACGAAGACAUUAUCUUCGAGUCCAUUCUUUUCCUCCCGUCUUAGUAGACACAUUACUUUCGUCAACUAUCACAAGGUAUGAGAACUGCAUCGCGGUAAAUGAGGUAUAUAC